AUGGUACCCGAUAUUGUUUCGUUCAUCAGUAUAAUUUCAGCUUGUGCAAAUGUUGCUUCUAAAAAGCAAGGUAAGGACAUUCAUGGACAUCUGGUAAAAAGCUUUUCCAUACUCUUCUUUUUGCAGCAAAUUCCCUUUUUGAUUUUUGCUAAAGGCCUCAUUCCUCAUAUUCUCUAUUUAUAUGGAUCAACUACCACUGCUCGUGAUUUUGAAAUCUAUGAUCUCAAUGCUUCCUUUAAGGAUCCUCUUAUGCGUGCACACGGGGUGAAGCAGAUCAAAUCUGCAUUCUAUUCUCUUCCUAAGUUGCGGAAUCAGAAAUAUACGGGUGCUGGAACAAGUCUACCGCGUGACAGUUUCAAACAAGAUGUGUUAAUUGUUAUUGUGCCUAUUUUCGUCGAAAGUGGAAUUAUACUGCUUUUCUCUUUAACUAAUUGCCUGUCAUUUUCUUUGCGGAAUCAGAAAUAUACGGUUGCUGGAACAAGUCUACCGCGUGACAGUUUCGAACAAGAUGUGUUAAGUGUUAUUUUCUUUCUAAUGACUGAUGAUUAUAUAGUGAUACUAGCAGGAAAUGCGAGAAAGGUGAGCGUUGUUCCGUUUGAAAGGCUUGAUAAUGGUGACGAAAUGUUGGAGGCAAAAGAAGGAGCUGUACACAAGGAGCAUUCUGGAUUUGAGGGCCCAUGGACUUCUAAUCUUCUCAUUUUUGACAACUCAUACUUCACUUGGUUAGAAUAUAGUGUAUCAAAAGAUGCUAUGUUUUGUUUAUGUUGUUACCUUAUGAGAUAUGAGAUAGGAGAACACAAAGGUUGGGAUGCAUUUGUGACUAAGGGGUUUUCAAAUUGGGAAAAGAAAGAUAGACUCAAUGUCCAUGUGGGAGGUCCUAAUAGUGCUCACAAUCAAGCUUUGAGAAAAUAUAAUGCACUAAUGAAUAAAAAACAACAUAUUGAAUUGGGAUUGGCAUUUCGCGGUGAUGAUGAAUCAAUGAAUUCAAAGAAUAAAGGUAAUUUUCUUGAGAUUCUACAAUUUCUUUGUAAUAAUAAUGAAGAGAUUGAUAAAGUAUUGAAAAAAGAUCGGGGAAAUCUCAAAUUAAUGUCACCUAGCAUUCAAAAAGAUAUUGUGAAAGCUGCUACUUGUGAGACCACUAAAGUUAUUAUUGUUGAUCUUAACAAUGAUUUGUUCUCUAUUUUAAUUGACGAAUCUCGAGAUGUUUCAGUUAAAGAGCAAAUGGUUGUUGUUUUACGCUAUGCAGACAAGAAAGGAUGUGUCAUUGAGAGAUUUCUUGGCAUUGUCCAUGUUGCAAAUACAAGUGCUAUGUCUUUAAAGUUGGCACUAGAGUCUUUAUUGACAAAGUACAAUUUAAGCUUUUCAAGAGUUCGUGGACAAGGAAAUGAUGGGGCUACGGUUGCUAAAAAGCAUGAUGAUAUUGCUUGGUUUUUUCUUGUAGUUAACAAUUUAUCUAAUGUUGUUGGAGCUUCAUGCAAGCGUAGAGAUAUUCUUAUAGAAAGUCAAAUUCUUAAAGUAAUGGAAGCAUUAGAGAGUGUAGAAAUUUUAACUGGCCGCUGCUUGAAUCAAGAAACUACACUAACAAGAGUUGGAGAUACUAGAUGGGGAUCACAUUAUGGUACAUUGCUAAGGUUGGUUUCUUUGUUUCCUUCUGUCUGUGAGGUGCUAGAUAUAAUUUUAAAAGAUAGCCUUAGUGCAGAGCAACGAGUUGAAACUCGUCAAUUAUUGAAUACUUUGCAAUCCUUUGAAUUUAUUUUUAAAUUGCAUUUGAUGAGAAAUAUAUUGGGAAUUACUAAUGAUUUGUCUCAAGCACUACAAAGAAAAGAUCAAGAUAUUGUAAAUGCUAUGACAUUUGUUAAAGUAUCAAGGGAAAGAUUGCAAAAUAUGAGAGAAUAUGGUUGGUCUAGUUUACUUGAUGAAGUGACAUUGUUUUGUGAGAAGCAUAGAAUUGACAUUAUAGAUAUGGAUGAUGCCUUCAUGUUACAUGGAAAACCAAGGCGUAAUGUUGAAAUAGUUUCAAACUUGCAUCACUUUCAAGUCGAGGUAUUUUAUCAAGUGAUUGAUAGACAACUUCAAGAGUUGAAUAAUAGAUUUACAGAGGUGAAUAGUGAAUUGCUUAAUUGUGUAGCAAGUUUAAGUCCACGGGAUUCAUUUUAUGCAUUUGAUAAGGUAAAAUUGAUUAAGUUGGCUCGAUUUUAUCCGUCUGAAUUUUCUCCAAUAGAGCUCAUGGGACUCAACAAUCAACUUGAAAAUUAUAUCAUGGAUGUUUGUUCUAGUGAACAAUUUUCUAAUUUACAUGGAAUUAGUGAUCUUUCAAGAAUGGUGGUGGAGACUAAAAAACACACUGCUUAUCGGACGGUGUAUUUACUUCUGAAGUUGACGUUACUUUUGCCUGUGGCUACAACAACAGUUGAAAGAAGUUUCUCAGUUAUGAAUUUUGUGAAGAAUCAACUGCGCAAUCGGAUGAGGGAUGAAUUUUUGAAUGAUUGCUUGGUAACGUACAUAGAAAGUGAUAUAUUUGAUGGUGUUGAAAAUGAAUUUUUUUUACAACACUUUCAAAAUAUGAAGACACGUAGAGAGCAAUUAUAA